GAUCCCCUUGCUUGAUUACUUCGAUCAAUUUCUGCAAUUCGACUCAGAUCUGCCCCCAGCUGGUCCCGCAAUCGCCUUACGAAGAUGUACGGCUUUGAAGCUCUUACUUUCAACAUUCAUGGAGGUUACCUGGAGGCUAUCGUGCGAGGGCACCGUGCUGGGUUGCUGACAGCCGCUGAUUACAACAACUUGUGUCAAUGUGAAACCCUUGAAGAUAUCAAGAUGCACCUUUCUGCUACUGAGUAUGGUCCUUACCUGCAGAAUGAGCCUUCUCCAUUGCACACAACAACAAUUGUGGAGAAAUGUACACUUAAACUGGUGGAUGACUAUAAGCACAUGUUAUGCCAAGCCACAGAACCCUUGUCCACCUUUUUGGAGUAUAUCACUUAUGGUCACAUGAUAGACAACGUUGUUUUGAUUGUUACUGGCACGUUGCAUGAACGAGAUGUUCAAGAAUUAUUAGAGAAAUGUCAUCCACUGGGCAUGUUUGACAGCAUUGCUAGUCUAGCAGUUGCUCAGAAUAUGCGGGAGCUUUACAGGCUGGUACUUGUGGACACUCCCCUUGCUCCGUACUUCUCCGACUGCAUUACAUCAGAGGACCUGGAUGAUAUGAACAUUGAAAUAAUGAGGAACACUCUUUAUAAGGCAUAUCUUGAAGACUUUUACAAAUUUUGUCAGAAACUCGGUGGUGCCACAGCUGAAAUCAUGUCUGACCUUCUAGCUUUUGAGGCUGAUAGAAGGGCUGUGAAUAUUACCAUAAAUAGCAUCGGUACUGAACUCACCAGAGAUGAUCGUAGGAAAUUGUACUCUAAUUUUGGUUUGUUGUACCCUUAUGGUCACGAGGAGCUUGCUGUCUGUGAAGACAUUGACCAGGUUCGCGCAGUGAUGGAAAAAUAUCCCCCUUAUCAGUCUAUCUUUGCUAAAUUGUCAUAUGGAGAGAGCCAGAUGCUUGAUAAGGCAUUCUAUGAGGAGGAGGUGAAGAGGCUUUGCUUAGCGUUUGAGCAACAGGUUUGUAUCUUACUUUUUAUUUCCAUUAUGCUGUUUUUUUCGCAUAUAUGAGGUUAAGAGAGCAGGAGAUUCGGAACCUAAUGUGGAUUUCAGAAUGCGUUGCUCAAAAUCAAAAGUCCAGAGUACAUGACAGUGUUGUCUUCAUAUUUUAGCCGGAAUAUGCCAAAUUGGAAAUUUUAUGUUUAGUGCAUAAUUGACUGUAAAUUAUUGUUGAUGUUCUUCAUCUCUCUUGCCAAUGGGAUGCAGCUUGCUGUUGAGAAGCCUGUUUACCAAAUAAGUAUAAUUCUAUAGCGAUCCUUUUCUAUCUGAAGGGAACAUUAUUGUAUUUUGAUAUUGUCAAGUAUGUUAAGAGUUUUGAGAAUACUAAAUUUGUAUGUUGAUUUACAAUAAACAGUUACUGGAAAUAAAGGUUCUGAAAUUCUGGUUAUUUAUCAA